AAUGUCUUUGAAACUUUUGCGUCGAGAGUUAUUACAAAAGUGAAUUUAAAUAUCAGUUAAUAGGUGUAAAAGUGAAAAAUACGCUGUGGACGGGGAGUUCUGUGUCAUCAGGAAUCCACCAAUCAGGGCUCACGUUGAAUCUGACGGUGAAGCGGAAAUGUUUUGAUGCACCUGCGGAUGCAGCGGACGGAUGUCCGAACAGUGAAACCAGCAGAGGCAUUGGAGCUCCUCCCUUGGUGAACAGACUGGAAGUUAUGUCACUCUGCUGGUUGUAGCGUCUUGACAGCGUCAGGAUGCAGAUCCUGGUUGCUAAGCUGCUUGGCCUGCUGGGACUGUUUGGCCUCAUGCUGGCUGGCAUUCUCGUCCCAGUGCGCCUCCUGGUGGUCGACUGUGAGAAAGCCAGCAGGUACAGACGUGGGCUGGCUCUGUGCAACUCGUUUGGAGGAGGCGUGUUCCUGGCAACAUGCUUCAACGCCCUGCUGCCAGCCGUCAGAGACAAGGUGGAUGCUGUCUUCCAGCAGCUGCAGAUCAGCAGCGAUUAUCCACUGGCUGAGACCAUGAUGAUGGUGGGUUUCUUCAUCACGGUGUUUGUGGAGCAGGCAGUUCUGACCUUUCGGAAGGAGAAACCGUCCUUCAUCGACCUGGAGACCUUUAACGCAGGUGGGUCCGAGGCUGGCAGCGACUCUGAGUAUGAUACGCCCUUCAUCCCUUCGCCCAGGAGCUCCACAGGCAGAGACGGCCAGAGGAGCCGAGGACACCAGCACGGACACUUUGCUCCUUCUGAGCUGGUGGGGGCGGGGCCUUUGAGGUUGGCUGGUCUGGUUCUGGCCCUGUCGGCACACUCGGUGUUCGAGGGGCUGGCGCUUGGCUUGCAGGAGGACGGCUCCAAGCUGGGCAGCCUUUUUCUGGGUGUGGCCGUCCACGAGUCGCUGGCCGCUGUCGCCCUUGGCGUCAGCGUGGCCAAGGCGUCGCUCUGCAUGAAGGACGCUGCCAAGCUGGCCGUCACCGUCAGCCUAAUGAUCCCACUGGGGACGAUGGUGGGGAUGGGCAUCGAGUCGACACAGACGCUGGCAAGCAGCGUGGUUUCGGUAUUGCUGCAGGGACUCGCCGCCGGAACCUUCCUGUUUGUCACAUUCUUCGAGAUCCUCUCUCAGGAGCUGGAGGACAAACAGGACCGGCUCCUCAAAGUGCUCUUCCUCAUCCUGGGCUACGCGGCGCUGGCCAUACUCGUCUUCAUCAAGUGGUGACUGACAGGAAGUGAGCAGAACUGUUCAUCUUUAGUAAAUAAAUUCAAUGCCACAUCAAUUCCUUUAGGUGAAAGCAAGUACUACGAUUUGAAUGGGAGUCGAUGAAACUUUAGCUGUGUUUGGUGAAUUUAAGCUAUGAAAGAAGCAAACAGAGUUGUUCUGUUUGCGUUCGGUGCUCAGAUUUCAUGACAGACAAGAUAAACAGUUAUAUGAAGUAGCUCCUGUUCAGGAUUAGUAAAAUUAUCUGCAAAAACUUUGAAGUAAAGAAUCCAAAAUCUGUCACUUUAGCUUGUCUCUGUUAAAGUGGAUCAACAACAGCUUCAUCCAGUUUACAUGUGGUCUUCUAUCACCUUAUAUUAAUAAAAUAAUGAUGCAAUAUAAAAUACAGGAAAUAAUGAUACUCCUGCAGAUAAGUAUUGUGCCAGAAGAGCUAAUUUUCCAAGUUAUAGAUCAAGAACCCCAUAAAUAUAACAUUUAAAACAACAAAAAGCAAAUAAAAUGUAAAUAGGAGCAUCGACAACAUAAAUGAUUUAUUUAAAAAGCAAAUGAAUCUAGGUUUGGUCCCAUUAGGUGUCACUAGUGAUGUUUUCUACCUGUUUACAUGAUUGCUGUGAUGUGAUCACCUGAAACCAUCAAACCUGCAUCUGUUUGCUUUGUUUCUUUCAUCAAACACCCCAGCAUUCAUAGUGUAGCUCCUAGUUUCCCCUGUAGGGGGCGUGGAUGCAAUGCAGGUUCUGAAUACCUAGAAGAAGAAAGGACCAAUUCUGGCAUAAUUAGGAAUACAGAAAUAAAUAACUGACUCAGUAAAAUAAUUACCGGGUCACUUUUUGGCCCAGUAAUGUUUUUAUUGAAUCAUUUUAUGUAUUUGUGUUUGUAUUAAUUAGGAUUGGACUUCCACAGAACCAGGGAUGUUCUGGCAAACCUGGAUGGAUGUUUGUGAAGAUGUUUCUGGAAAUUCAGUUUGAAGGUUUUUCAGGAGCGAAGACGAUUCUAAGCUUCAGUUUGAGCUGAAAUCUGAACCAUCGGCACCAAGCUUACAAUCGCACUGAGUUACAAGAACCAAAGAACCUCCAAUCCUGUUUUUAUCUAAUGAGUCAAUUUUAUUAAUUUGAUGUUUGUCCCUGAACCUGAUCUGUCAGGCUUUAAAUGAUGCGUUCUUCUACUUGAAACUCUAGAAAAUGUCCCUCAGGUUCUACAGGUUCUGUUUGAUCAGAAGGCAUCAGCAGGGAUAACUGGGUUUAUGGGAACAGAGGACAGGAAACAGAGAAACCUUCAGUAUCUGCAGAAAGGGUUCAGUGAGUAUGCUGCAAUCAAUAGAUGGUGGCUGAACUUCCAUCCAAGCUCUGAUGGUGAUCAAACACAUGUGGCAUUAAGACUAGACCCAAAUGAUGGAUCGGUUUCCAUCCUCAUGAGAAGCUGACCUUUACCUGCAGCUGGAUCCAUACUGUCAUCCUGGAAUUCCUGCAUCAUCUAAACUGGACCUUUGCUGCAUUUGGCAGCUCAGAAACCAGACCCGAACCACUGAGUUACCUCAGUCUGAACCUGCAGGAACCCACUGCUCUGACACUAAGAACAAGAACAGAACCACAGAUAGCCUGUUAGACUCUAAACAUACAAGUCCAUGCUCAUCUCCAUCAGAACCAGCAUCUCUCAUCUUCUUUCAGGAUUAAUACAACUGCCUUAGACUACUGGGCCUUAGAGCUGUCUGAUACUUCUUACAUUCCAGCUGUCCCACCUGAGCAGUUGAACACAGAGCAGAGAGAAGAACCUGCAGAAGAUGAGAGGCUUCUUGCUGCACCUGAAGCUUGGAGAUCUGUUGUUCUGUUUCUGCUCUUCAAGUUCAACAUACAGAUGAUAAAACUCCAAAGUGAAGAAGCAGCUGGGACAGACCAGACCUCCAGGAUCCAGCAGAACCUGCUGAGAUUUUUAAAGCUCCAGCUGAUUCCUGCAGUUCUCUGCACAUCCUCCCAGUUCUCCUAGACCUCCAGCAUCCAGUAUGACGUCACUCCCUGCUGUCCGUCCUGAAGAUCCCUGCUGACAAAACUGCUGUUAACGUUAAAUCCAUGAAGCUGUUUUAUAAUCUAGUGAUUUUGUUAUGAUGUGUCAUGUUCCGUGACUUAACUGUUGUCAGUUGGAAAUAAAUGGGUCAGAACCAGA